GAAACCGGGAGACGGCCAAGAUCCUCGAUGCUUUCUAGUGCUGGAAAUGCCUAGAAAUUUGCCUUAAAUUUUACUUGUUUUUGGGACUUUAACAAGAGCAUAGAGAUACGAUAAACCAUUUGUCCAAUGUUCUUUGCUAUUGUGGCCACAUUUUGCGUUUUCCGGCCAUUCCAUCAGCGCAAAUUUGACUCGACAGACAGAGCAAGAUUAAAUCAGGGAAGUUGCUAUGUCUCGGCAUGAGGGUAAGAAGUUAAGCUUACUUUCUUUAAAAAAUAGAGAUUUCCCUUUCGAGGUUAACUCAGUCCAUAAUAUCUUGUGCUUAUUUCAAGGCUUAAACUUACUCAACUGUAUUUACUUUCGUCCAACGCUGGCAAUUCUCAUGUUUUGGCUGGUGUUGUUUUCAGUUCCGUUUCUUUACGUUUGUUAAGAUGUAGGCUCAACUUGAAAGUGAAUGCAUUGAUUGUAGGGAAAGUUCCCAUAAUAAUAUUUGUCUUACAUCUUCCUGUUUAACGUAUGGAAGAUGUGUUGUCCUCCAGUAGAAAUUUAAACAACUGAUUAUCGAUGUCGAUUUUAAAGUUUACGUUGAUCCAGUCCUAUAACUAGUCGUUGUACUUUUAGGAGUGAGUUAGAACCAACAUACAUUUACGUGAACCAUAGCCACACAAUUCUUAUAUAAUUGGAUUACAAGCAGUGACUUAAAGUUCUGACUACUGACUAAUUUUGGGAUCUCUUUAACUGUAAUUGGGACAACAAACUGCAUGCAAAUCAUCCCAUUUAUUAAAUUAAUUAAAAUACACUGUACAACUUUGAUUCACUGAUUUGUGCUGCAGUUUGUUUAUGAUGCCCUGGGGCUUACUACCUUUGUUGCAUAGACAUUGCAUUCGAGCAUGGCUUUCUUUGAAAUAAGGGAGAGGUUUAGUUACUCAGGUUAGGGUUAUGUUCAGCGUAGCAAGGACAGGAAGGUGCAAAUUACGCAUCUUUACAGAAUUUGGUGAAAAGUGAAAAGUUUGUUGUUGAAGAGUGUCAAACAUUCUUUCGAUGAGUCUUGAUAAAGUACACUGAAAAAUAGUGUAGUUGCUGGAAGUGAGAAAUAGCUGGUGACCUGAAACAAUUUGCUCUGAAAAGUGAAAGCUGUCGUCCACGUUGGUAUUGGUUUGUCUGCUAGUACCCGUGUAGAUUAAGCCACCACUUAUUUCCAGUAGUCAUACUUAUGAUAUUUUCUGAUGGUGCAAUUUCACACAACUGUUAAUCGCAGAAUUCAUAAGAAUUCUCAUUCAUUAAAACAAUUGCUUGAUCUGGACAUUAAAUUUUCGGGAAUUAUUUUUGUUCUCUCUUUUUUUGACAAAUAUCAGACAAAACGUUUUGUCACCUUGCUAAAACUUAUCUCAGGUAAAUUUAUAGCCACAAAACAUGAAUAUUAGACUAAAGGAAAGAUUGUGCAAAAGAUGGUUUUAUUGCACUAUUAAGCAUGGAUUGAAAAAACACAUCUUUUAUAAACAGAACAAUGAUAUAUAUUUCUCUUUCCAGUGAUUAAAAACAGUGCCUUAUUAAAGCCUAACUCAUUUGCUUGCUAAAGUUUGGGUCAUUGAACAUAUGAUAGCAUCUCUGAGGAAUAAAAUUAUUAAAGAAAGCUUAUACUGUACUGAAAACUGUUUGGAUGCUUAAAAAAUUUCUGAUGAUUUUAUUUUUAGACAAUUAGUUUUUUUUGUCUGAAAUCUAAAUUGUCCAUUUUUUUUUCGGCAGAUUAUGUCAUUACAUUUUGCUUUUAACAGAACUGAAAUGUUUUUGCUCUUUGCUGAAUAUCCUCUAAAGAAAUUGCAUAGUUCCCCAUAAUACACCUUUUUCCAUAAAGUGUCACCUCUUAAAAAAAGUCUGCCUGAAUAGUCAAUAGUUUUUUGACACCAUCAGAAAGCCUGUUAAUUUAAACUAAAGGUAUUAUAAAUUUUUAUGAGAUGAAUGAGGAUCAUUAUUUGCACUGUCUUCAGUAGGGGGAUAAAAUUUCAAAACAUUGCAUUUCAAUAACAGCGCUAUAAAAAUGAGCAUAUUCCUUCCUACACAGCACUUAAAGUCACACAAUUUUAAAUGAAAACCACACAAGCCUUUGCUUCAUGUGUUUGUCUGUAUGUAAAGGAUUACAAAAUGCACCAACCUUGCCCAAUCAAAAAAACGUUGCAUUCCUUAGUGUGGGACAAUGUAAGUACACAUACUGUUCAUGUUUUGAGUUAAAAUACCCUGAGGGUUUGAAAUAAGGAUAUGAACAUACAUUACCGCUGGCUUUUCCACAGACCAACUUGUGUUGUGCGAAGCUAAUAAAUGCACAAGAUCAUUACACCCUGUGCCUCUAUGUUGUGAUAUGUAUUCAUUGGGCAUACACUGUACAAUGUAUUUGUGAAGGUUCUCAUUACGUUUUAAAGAUGGCAGCGUGAUAAUAGAGUGCUGUAGGUAAUUUCAGGCUUUCAUUCCCUCACUUUGCCCUUUCUCUUCCAGAAGAAAACAACUCAAAACUCUAAGUAGCUGGCUUUUUAGCCAGUUGCCGGCACAUGAGAACCCUGGUAGUGUUUUACUGUUAUUCAUUAAAUGAAAAGGGACUUUGCACAGCACUAAUUGUCAUUUGUAUUGAGCGUUUUCUUUUUGUUUUCAUUCAAUAUACAGGUGUUAGCUGUGACUCAUGUAGUAUAGGAAAUUUCCGUGGUAAACGAUUUAAAUGUUUGAUAUGCUAUGACUAUGAUCUCUGUUCGACAUGCUAUGAAAAUGGGGCCACAACGACAAGACACACAGCAGAUCAUCCUAUGCAGUGUAUUCUAACCAGAACUGAUUUUGGUAAGUGUUGCAUCAGCAAGCUCUACUCAGAAUGAGUUGUUUAAUUAGCUUAAACAAUGGAAAAGUGACUCUAACAUGGACCUUAAGAUGCCAUGACAGUGACGGCAAUGAGAAUGUCAAAAAAGCAAUUAGUUGAAUAGGCAAAACAACAACUCUGCACAUGCAUCAUACUUUUUCAUCCAUUUCUUUGCAGUCACUGCUCGAUCAUGACUUGAAAAUGCCUAAUUUCACGUUUUAUGGAGGAGGUAAACAAUCAAUGGCAAAAUUUUGUUUCUCUUUCUGAACUUGAAUAUAGUUCUAAGGAAUUCGUCUCAAAAAGAGUUCGCUUGCAUUUGACGAGGAAUCUUAGUUGGAGUAAUUAUGACAGCGAUUGAAAGAACGCAAAUUCUCUUUUUAAACAACGUUUUCGUGGCCAUCGGCGUCGUGGUAUCUUAAGCUCCCUGAUAGCAGGUUUCAUCUCAAAGGCCAAUGAAAAUAGAGGUUUCUGAGAGGUUGGCUGCUCCGCCACUUAUUAGAAGACAUUUGAUAACUCACUAAAACCUGAAUUAUCCUCACUAGCAUGGACUGCAGUAAAUUAACAGCUUACACCAACAACAAAAACGACAACUUUAUUAUUUAUCGAGUUGUGUUUACAAUUAGCUAAAAUCAAUAUCCUAAAUUAGAUAUUAAACCUUUCAUUAUUGCCACGACCCACAAAUAUAUAAAAUAUUUAUAUAUUUCACCAGGGUAGGAAACUUUCUUUUCAAUUAACUUGUCCCUUUGUAAUGUGUAUUUUUCUUGUCCAGACUACAAAACUACUUGUCCCACAAAACUGUCAAAAGCAAUUCAGGGUUUAAAACAUUCUCUUUUAUUUCAGCCAUGUCCUGGUUUAGUGAAAAGCUAAAUAGUCAAUAAAUAACAAUUAUUCACCGAAGUGGAGGUGGCUAGUAUUGGCCACCGACACUGAGGUGAAUAAUUGUUUUAGUAUAUGCUAAAACAGUGAGAUAAUAAGCCUUAAUUCGUUUAUUUACAACUUUGGCGCGCAAAUUAAACAAACAUGCGCGCAGCUCAAAGUAGUCACAUGACACAUCUGAUGAUGAAAUGUUCAUAAUUUUGUGUUUAAGACUUUACAACCGUAAAUGAAAGAUCAAGCUAUGCGAAAGGAAAAGUCCUGGCUUUACGCCAUCUUUGUAGAUUGUUCUUUUCGUUGUCUGUUACAAGUUUUAUUUGCUGCUGCUUCCUCCAAAGCUCACCUUAAAGUUGAGAUUACAGUUAUGGAACGUGGCUCCGGGAAUGAAGCCAUGGACAAGAUUCUGUGAUCCAUCUUGAAUGGACUGGAAGGAAUAAUUUGCAGUGCUCGUAGCUACUGAUUGCGGCUGGCUCGAUGACGACGCAACGGUUUUCUGAGGGACUGUAACAGCCUUGUCAUCGCCACCAGCUGGAUCGAAGAAUUCACUUAGCUCGUUUGACAUUCUUUUAAACUGCUCGAAUGUCGGCGUAUCACAAUAGCUCUUGAUGCUUUCUUCACUUUGGUGGCCAGUUAUUGCCCUGAUGUACCGACUCUCGAUGUUUACAGCUGACAAAACCAUCACGGUGGUCGCUCUGAUCGAGUGGUUUGUUAGAUGUGGCUUUAUUCCAGCUUUUGAUGUCAUUCUUCGUAGCAUAUUUUCAAGUGUGUUGUGGCCAAGUGGACUCGAGCAGUACCACACAAGAUCCGUUGCUGGGUUAAACGCUUUGCACGAGCUUCUUGAUUUCUGGAAUAAACUGCUGCAUUUGGGACUCAGAUGUGACAGGUAUUUCUCAAUGAGUUUCACUGGGCAGCGUUUUGAGCCUGGUCUUUCAAAUAUUUUUCCGUUUGACUCAUCUUCUUUAUCAUCUAGGCCACCUUGAUGGUUUUAAGUCGCCAACCGCGCUCUUUGUUUAUUUCCAGAUAUUUUUCACCAUUUGGCGCUUCCCUUGAGAUAAGCAUGUGUUUCUUAAGCAGGUGCUGGUUUUCUCGACCUCUCUUUCCGAGGAAUAAACUGAUGAAGAGCCAGGCCGUCUGCUGUACUUUGUGUGGUUGGAGAGAAUCGAUGUCAACAAGCUCGCCUUCUUCGUAAAGUUUCUCAACAAUUUCCUUUGUUAGGGCUUGUUUGUGCACUGUCGGAGCUAUUUGGCCACUUUUGCUCAGAGUUUUCAGAAAAUUGCUGAGGAAUUUAUUGGCUUCAUUAAAAUGACUGUUGCCAACAAUGGAAAAUGGCUUUGAAAACGGAGGACCUUUUAAGUGACGAUCUAACGCGGCUCGGAUUGCGAUAAGCGACUUUUUGUUGUAGUAACUGCCGUCACGUUUUCGUGCGGACAAGUAAAAUUUUUGGAGGCAUUUGUUAAGCUGAAUUGGUGACAUCUCCUCAAAGAGAGUUUUGAACUCUUCUUGCAUCUGAAACCAUUCUGUAAAAAAAGUAAGCUUAUUUAUAAACAUGUCAGCUAACAUUAAGUAACGAAAGACAUAAUUUGCAUUUGUAAACAAAAACUUUUUCACUGGUUUCAUCGAUAAAAUUCAGGUUAAACAGACAAAGCUUUACCUGUGAAAACUGCUAGACCGAAUUUAGUCGCUUUUUUAGUGUUGUCUGGUAUGGCCUCUUCAUUUAUUUUCGAAAUUUCGUCGCUAGUUACCGUGGCAAACCGAGACUGAGCCAUUUUUGUCGUACAUGUAACUUACAAGAGUUUGGCGCCACUCGGCUGGAGGCGAAUCAGUGAAUAGUGCAGGAUAUUCCGAGAUUGAGCAGCCAAUCAGAGCGCGCGAAAAACACUAUCCACUGUUUUAGCAUAUACUAAAAACAUUUAACCCAACAAAUUGAAUAAAAGUUUAUUCUUUUGAUAAAUGUACAUCUGUGGAGUAGCGCAUUUUGUUUGUUUCUUGUUCCCUGCUAGAGGCAUCGGGCCACCCCAACUAUAGCUGGGGAAACUGCUGACCAGCAUUGCUUCGAGGUUAACUUUGCCUAAAUUACAUUUAGCCACAUUUAAACAGUUUUGAUUGAGACAAUGCCGAUACACUCCACUAACUGCUCUAGCAAACAAGCGAUUCAGGUCGCUGAUCAUUGCUGACAAGCAUGUGUGAUUGAUGUGCAUGCAAUUAUGCUGUACAGCGGGGACUGCAUGGAAAUCAAUGGCGACGCUCCACACAAAGAAAUCAAUCACACACAACUUAAACAAAAGAAAGUUUAUAUUCAAGGCACUUAGUUAUAAAAUACAGGACCAAAUAAUAAUAUUUUUUAUCCAAAGUCAGGCAACGUCAGAGCUCUACAACUUACUUGCCCAAGCGGACAACUUGAAUCAUCUUUUUCCUUGUCCAAAUGGAAAAGUUACCCAUCUCGGACGUUCAGACGAGCCAAGUUGCCUACCCUGUUUACUUUUUUUUCAAUUUAUAACAGGCCUAGAAUCAGUUAUAAGACAAUGUGUCUAUAAAGCACGUGAAUAAAUGAUUAAUUAAAUGAAUAUAAAAUACAAGAAAAUAGUAACAGUUUACUAGUUGAAGCACACACUUAUUUAACUAGGUUAAUUACCAGGUAGUAAUUAUGACAGGAAGAUAUGAUUAUGGACUAUGCAGUCUUUGAACAAGAGUUGCUAAUUGUUAAAUUGAGGUGCCCACAAAAUAAAAGGCUUACAUAUACUUUCAUCAAUGAUAUAUACUAAGUCUUCUACUUAGAUGACACUACAUGUACAGUACCGCUCAAAAGUGAGUUACCACCCUCUCACGAGACGCGAAUCACAACGCGUGCCACGUGACACGUCGCAUGCUACGUGAUUCUCGUCACGUGCUAUGCGAUUCCUGUAGCGCACUACACGAUUCUCUUAGCGCGCGAUGGCCUAAAAACUGUAAGUAUCAUUGCCGAAAUUCUUGAGCGAUUUCAAGAAUCAGUGGUAAAGUUUUACCGUGACUAACACACGAACAGAUUUUAACCUCUAAAAUCUUUCCACAUGACCUGAUCCAUGUGGCAUCUCUUAUUUCUUGGGUAUUGUCUAGUCCAGUGUCAGCCUGAUAGUUCUUGGUCUACUUUGAUUUGGGUGACCAUACCAUUAAUACAACCAGUCUAUCAUUAAUUUUAGGUUUGACAACAUGGAUAUCUUUCGCAUAUGUUAUGGAUAUGAGCUGCAAAGAGCUACAUGUACUUGGAAUUAAGGAAGAUUUGCAUGCAAAAGAUUAUUAUUUUUAUAUCUACAUGUAGAUCUACAGAUGCAUGUACUUAUUGUUCUGUUUGUUUUUUUGCUUUCUCCACGUAAUCAUUUUUCUUUUUUUUGCCCAAAAUUGGCCCACCUUGUGACAAUAAUGAUCCACUGCCUUCUUUUGUAAGUUGUGAUACCACUUAAGUAAUUGUGCAGUUGUUAGAAAAUAACAGUUGUCAAAAAUAACAAUUGUGGUUUGUUCAACAGAACUUUAUUACGGAGGUGAAGCAUUUACAGCAGACCAGCCUCAAGCUUUUACUUGCCCCUAUUGUGGAAAAAUGGGGUUUACAGAAUCAGCAUUGCAGGAACAUGUAACAUCGGAACACAGUGAUGCCUCCAUUGAAGUUGUGAGUAUUUUAUGAAGUUCAAGAGUAAAAUUUAUCUCUGUAUUUUUAAGGAAUGUACAAUUUUAUGCAGUUUGGAAAGAAAGUACAGGGUGCUGGAAAGUAAUAUAGAGGUACAUGAUUAUACUGGGUCCAAGUCACCCUCUGUUCUGGUCUGUAACUGAUUUUGUCCCUUGAAGUCCCAGGCUCGACACCUAAGCUGCACUCUGAAAUAACCAACUGGUUCAUCUCCUGCGAGGUGUCACUGUUAACACUUCCACCUCUCAGUCAUAGUGCUUGUACAGUGAUUUUGUCACAUAUAAUUAUGGUGAGUACUGGGACUCAUAUUGUGAAAAAUCAUGAGUCCCAGUGCAGAACCAUUGAGUCCCAGUUCAAAAAACAACCAAGUCCUAAAAUAAUUGAAAAUGCUCGGGCCAUGUAACUAGACAGUACUGUUAAUCUGAAGACAGACUCCAAGACUCUUUUUUACCGUUUACUGAAAUUGAAACCUAGUUCUUCUCUUUAAAGCACAAAAAAAACUGAAAUAAAUAUUCAUUGUUAAACAACAGUCACAAUGACAGGCACAGAAAUCACACAAACAUGAUAUAUUGUCAGGGUUUUCAACAGUUUUUUAAAGUAGUGGACUGACAUAUUUCUGAAAGCACUGGAUGCAUUUUUUGUGUGUGUGCUUAAAGGCACCUUUCGAGUGCUGAAGACUGGAGCUACCAAGGGGGGUCUGGGGGCAUGCUCCCCCAGGAAAUUUUUAAAAUAAAACACUUAGAAAUGCUGCUUCCAGCAUUUCUGGAACCCAAGAAUCAGUUUUCCAGGCAAGGCUGGAGUUCACUCAAAUUCUAAGAAAUGAUGAGUUACCAUUAUUAUUAUUAUAAAGCAAAUCAGCAUUUAAAUUUAACAUGUAUUGUACCACGACAUUUUUCUAAGACUUGAAAAAUCCAUAUUCUGUGAGGUGCAUUUUGCUUCUCUCUAAUGAGCUGAAGAACUCCAAAUUCAAAAGAUUUAGAUCCGGUGUGUUUUUUUUGUCUUGAAAUGCUGUUUGUCAAUUCUGUCUAUUUCAAACUCCUUUAAAAGUCAUAUUUUGAUCGUUAAUAGGGGAAAUAUAAGCUUAACCUUGUAAGUAGUGACCACAUUAAAACUGGUCAAGUAACACAACCAUAGUAAAAUAAAUUAACCAUUUCAAUGACUGCUUUGCAACUUGUUCCCCCUUGCUUGCAUGGGUUGCUUCUGUGUCAAUCUGUCUGUAUCAUUUUUCACUAAACUUUGUAGAAUGACAAUACACGUGCAUUGCAAAUAACAGAAAGCCCCUUGCAGAGUAAGGAAGAGUAUCAAAAUCUAUUUAUGAAUACAUCAAGAAUCAUUUUGUUAAGCUUAUUUAUCCAAAGAGGAAAGAAUAAUUCAUAAAACCACCAUAGCUUGUUAAUCUGAUCACAAAGCUGAGAUUAAUAGAAAGAUACCCAAUCACCCAAGUUUACCGCCAGUAAAACCCUGUUUUAAAUAAACAAAUCAUUGAAAGUUGAGUCAUGCUCAAACUUGCAGUUUCACUGCCCUUGCCCACCCUGGCUUGUUUGCACCCGCGAUCAAUACUGCCAUGCUACUUCUAUGCGCUAAGAUCUACAAUUAUGUAGGUGGUUUAUGUCCUUGUGAAAAGAGUCUCAGGUCUGUAUGAAGCGGCCAUGCAAUAAUACAAACAUUUUAAUUGUACCAUACACUGUUUCGCAUACACAUGAAGUGUCACAACAGUGAAGUUUUGAUAAUCUUAACUUUAAUUGCCUUGUUAGAGAGGGGGUGCUUGCAUGUAACAAAGUGUUUAAAAUUUUAAUUCCGAAACAAACUCAUUUUUAGUACUUUAAGUUGUGAUCCUAUUACUUGUACCCCAGGAUUUGGGGAGCCUUACCAUACAAACAAAUAACAUCAUCUGGGUUUUAAAUUACAGAAUCCAAGAAUGAAAGAAUUUUUGUAGAUAUCAUCUUUUCAUUAUUUUACCUGUGAGCUCAGACAUAAUUACAGGGACACCUGACCAUUGGCUGACCCUUUGGAUACUUCUGCAAAUUUCCCCACUUCACCAAGAAGGGUGUUACAAGGGUGUUACUAGGGCAUCAAGGCAACCAUACACUGUAGCUAGAGACUGAGGCUAACUGUAACCCAUCAAACAAAUGCAGUGAGUUCAGGGUUACAGUGUAGAGGUUGACUACUCUGCAGCGGGAUACAUUGUAUUUCUGUACUCUUUAAACAGGAGUGUGAUUUAACUAGAGUGGAACCUCUAUUCAGGGGACACCCUCGAGACCGAGGCAAGUGUCCCCUGAAUAGAGAUGUCCCCUGAAUAGAGUUUACCCCGAGUGGAGGUGUCCCCUGAAUAGAGGUGUCUCCUGAAUGGAAGUGUCCCCUGAAUAGAGUUGUCCCAUGAAUGGAGGUGUCCCCUGAAUAGAGGUGUCCCCCAAAUGGAGGUGUCCCCUGAAUAGAGGUGUCCCCUGAAUGGAGGUUGGGCUGAGGUUUGUUAAUUAUUAAUGAACAAAUAAAAUAUUUUUAUUAGAGCUAAAAAAGACAACUGCUCUUGCAGGCCACGGAUUCUGCUGCAAUCAUUAUUUAAGCAGCGAAAAAAUGACUGUAUAGAAAAUCAUGAUUAACUUAUCUCUGCAAUGUUGUGUGUUGAAUUCCCACAAGUGGAGUACUGUACAUCUAUUUAAGUGUGUUAAUUCAUGUUUUGAAAGCUCUCGCCAUUGUGACUAGCGAACACUUAAGAACUUAUCAAUAUUUGUGGUCAGUCACUUUUUGAUUGCUUCAUGUAAGGUGUACCCUGAAUGGAGGUUAAACCAAGGUUUUGGGACCCAGAAAAAGCAAAUAAGUUAAUUAAUGAUAAGAAUAGUUAAUUUCAUAAACACGCUCUGCUGGAUUACAAAUCCAUUCAUGUGUUCAAAAAACUGGACGCUCAGUUGUUGCCUUGUGUUCAUAUGUAGGUUUGUCCAGUGUGCGCAGCCCUACCAGGUGGAGACCCAAAUCAUGUGACAGAUGACUUUGCUGCUCAUUUGACGUUAGAGCACAGGGCACCCAGUAGAGAUAUAUUAAUAUCCUUUACAUUGUUAAUAACGUGGUGUACGCAGUCGUUUUUUAUCGCUGUAUUAGAGCAUUUAAAACAGACGUAAGCAAGUAUGUUUCAAUGAUCAUCACCGCCACGUAUUUACAUGUACACAAGCAUUAUUUUUUUACAGAAGCAUGGGAUUAUAUGCUUCUGUUUUUUAAAAAAUCAUGGAUCUUCAAGUGAAGCGUGGUAAUAGAAAAUCCCAUCCAUAAACAUGUAACAUCUAAUUUUAACCCUGUGGGAGAAGGACCCACAUCAAAGUAUAUACAAAUCAACUGGAAAGUCUAAUAAGGGUAUAGAAAAUGAGUUGCCUCAAACAAUAUUGUACCUCAUAUUUUGUAAACUUCCCAAACGAAAGGGCGCGAACUAUUUGACUUUCCAACCAUUUUUUUAGGUUUUCCCAUGUAAAUGGUAAGAACCCUGAAUUCUUGACAUGGUCCUUUGGGUUUUUUCAGGGAUAAUUUACGAUACCUGGUUCGGGGGAAUUUACCAGAGUGCAUGUUGUGCAGAAGUGGUUAGCGCAAUUAGGUCAUAUUUUUUUCUUUCUUAGCACAGUCCUGCGCAGUAGAAAUAGGCUGUACCAAGGGAACUCAUACUUGCAAGGUGCUUUCCCAAAUCGUUUGAUCUGUGUAUAUUGCAUUGUUCUUUAACUGACUUACUACGAUGAACCAGGAGCGGCGCGGCAUGUGAGACGUUUAUUUCAUCCGGCAGUUGGAGGAAGUCGGCCCAGACCUCCGCGUCCACGUGCAGCGAAUAUGCAUUUCGGAGGAUCUGGAGGUAGUGGUCUUGGGUCUUCUUCAUCCUCCUCCUCCGCGUCUGGCCGUGAGAGCAUGGACCCUAUAGCGGAGCUUCUGUCCCAACUGUCGGGUGUGCGUCGAGCAGCACAGCAAUCCCAGCCCCCCAUGCAGUCGCAGCUUCAAUUGCUGCAACAGCAGUUGCAACUGGAAAGACAGCAAGUGCAACAGACAAGGGAACGACUGGAAAGACUUCCAGCACGGCGGCCGAUGGCAGCUGCAGCAGCAGCAGCGGCAGCAGCUAGCGGUAGUGUACCAACCACAUCAACAGCUAGUGCUCAAGAAAGCAGCAGCUCGGCCUCCUCGUCUUUUCUCCUUGCAAGGUUGGUACAUAUAAAACCAGAACACUUUAAACAUCAACUGACUUCAUGAGAUGAACGAGUUAGGUUUUACGUCGUAAGGCAAACGUAGCCUUGGCGUAUUAAACCACCAUAACAAGUCUGUUGGUCGAUGCAAGUAGAUGCUUUCCUCGGCGGCCUUUUUAAUUUAAGUUGUCGUACCUUAUGAGAUUGACUUUCAUACAUAGGUCGUUAUUUUGAGGGGCAAGAGGUGCUUGGCCUACUUGCUAUGAAAUUACACAAUUAAUAUUAAAAUAAGUGAGGCCACACGAAAAAUUUUUUGGUUACCUAAAAUUCGUUUGGUUUGUUCUAAUAAAGCAAAAAUUCGACCCAGAAGAGUUUUGUUCAGUGUGCUAAAUUUAUUUAUUACUUUAUUACAGAUGCACUUUCGUGUCUAUAGAGAAAUUUGGCGUAUAAUAAAGUUAAAAAGACUAGGGGAAAACCUCGUGUUGUAUUAAAAUAACCAAAUACACGCCCCUUUCAUAAACUCGGUAGGCGAAUUCCUAUUUUUACUCUUAUUUGUUUAAGGGCUAAUGAACCCUCGCUCUCAGAGUCCGAACAAGAAAUCCUCGAGCGCGAACGUGCGGACAGAAGUCUGUUUGUACAGGAUCUUAUAUUAUCCACACUCGGAUCAGCCGCAUUUAGGCGAAGACCACGCCCAAUCCCCGACUCGACAGGACCUUCGGAGGAGUUUGAAAGCCUAACGAUACAGGAUAGCACGGCAAAUGAUGCCGCACGUGGGGCGGCAGAAUCACAAGACUCAAACGUUGUCGAACAGGACGUUACUGUUGAAGAUAUGGAGUUUAUAUCAUUGGAAACAGAAGAAGACAAAGAUUCCUAGCGUAUGCAGGAUCUUCACGUAGACAAAUUAAAUUUUAGCCUCUGUGUAACCCGCCCAGAACUGGUUUUGCAGUGACUUUAACGCCAUCCGUUCACUUGCCGUCGUUUUAGAUCGUUGUGCCCGUGCGCGAUCUUGUGAAAAGGAUGGUACUAUAGGGCAGGAAAGUACAUCCUGUUGUUGUUUUCAGAAAGGACCAUCUUAUAAAUGUGUUGACCUGAUAUUGUCAUUAAAACACCGGCACGCUUGUCAGUUCGCCCAAGCAAAAUUUCCCAAUUGUCAACUUCGCCCAAAUUGAUUUAGAAUCGCCCAUACGUAAAUAUAGGUGUGAAAAGUAGCUCUAAACACAAACUAACAUAAAAAUAAAUACGUGGCUGUAUAUACCGUGCGGUUUUCCGAUGUGAGCGAGUGGACCUCAAUUUGGGCCAAUUUGACUUGGGUGAAUUUGCUUUGAGCAAAUUGAUUGGCAUCCAGGCCUAGAAUCAAUUUAUCCGUGACGAAAUGCCGCGCCAUGAAAGAGAAUAACCAUAAUAGUGCGCAUUUUGUAGUUGGAGAGAUAUUAAAGUAGGUAGGGUUGGAGAAAUAAAUUUUAAUGAACUACUUAUGCCUAACUACUUCACCUAUUUAGCUU